AUUUUACAGCAUAUAUGUAGGCUAUUCUAGCUUCGCUAACGUACUGAACAAAAUAUUUCACGGCAGAAUAUGAGCUGGGGAUUGAUCUGCGGACGAGAGUGUGACGUCACAGCAGCUCCCUGGAGAUCGCCGGAGGAGUGAGUGAGUGAGUGCGCAGGAUACUGAGCUGAACAGCUGAUUCUGUGCAUUUAACCAGUAUGGACAGCUCCAUUCCGCUAACCUAGCAUACACUGCGGUAUAUAAAGGGCACCAUUCUCACUAAACGCUGCAAAGGAAAACGCACCAGCUUCACAAUGGAGCGUCUUCUGCAUUCACCUGGCCGGACACGGGAAGAGUACCGGUACCAAACAGCGCGUCCUUCAUCACAGCUCACCUCAAGGUCUGCCUUCAGCUUUGGGUCCACCGCGCCGCUGAGAGGUAACGAAAUCCUUAGCGAAUUCGCCGCUAAACCAGCCGAUAGCUUUGAUUUAUCAAACAAAUAUGCAGGUGGAAUGAAUCUGAGGAAAAUUAGUGAGAAAGAAUUACUGCAGGGGCUCAAUGACCGCUUCGCGGGAUUCAUCGAGAAGGUCCAUCACCUGGAAAACCAAAACAGAGCGCUAGAGAAAGAAAUCGAGGCCAUUAGACAGAGAGCAAAAUCCUCUUCUUCUCUGUCCAAAGAGUAUGAAUCAGAACUUGGUAGUCUGAGGCAGCAAGUUCAUGAGAUAGGCCUUCAAAAGCAUCAGAUUGAGAUAAACCGCCAGAACCUGGAGGAUGAGUUUAACACUUUGAGAGAAAAGUACGAGAGAGAGGCUUGUGGUCGAGUUGAUGCGGAGGACAGCAUUUCGGUACUAAAGAAAUGCAUUAAUGACGCAAACCUAACCAAACAAGAAAUGGACAGAAAAGCUAAAGCUCUCGAAGAGGAGAUCGGCUUCUUGAAGAAAAACCACGAAAGUGAGGUAGCCGAAAUGUUGGCCCAAAUCCAAGAGGGUCAUGUGACAGUAGAAAUGAGUGAUUUUAGUAGAAGUGAUGUCACUGCAGCUCUGAGAGACAUCAGGAUGCAACUCGAAGGUCACACGGACCCUGACAUCCAAUAUGCUGAGGAACGCUUUCGAGCACAGCUUGCUAAACUGACCAAAGCUGCUGAGGUCAACAGAGAAGCCAUCAUGGCCACUAAAGCAGAGAUUAAUGAACACCGGAGACAGCUCCAGUCCAGGAACAUUGAGCUCGACUCUGUGAAAGGUGUGAGAGAAGCGCUGGAGAGGCAGCUCUAUGACCUCGAGCAACGACACAAUGCUGAAAUCCAUCACUACCAGGACACAAUCAGAGAGUUGGAAUUUGAGCUGAAAAAUGCUAAAUAUGACAUGAGCAGUCAUCUGAGGGAAUACCAGGACCUUCUCAAUGUCAAAAUGGCACUGGAUGCUGAAAUUUAUUCCUACAGAAAACUUCUGGAGGGUGAAGAGUCAAGGUACUCCACAAUCUCAGAUGCUCAUAUUUCAGUACCAUACAUUUACAGACAGUCACCCAUCUAUACUCUCCCUUGUGUCAAAAGACAGGGGGGAGCAACUCGAAAAGCAGAGCCUCAGUACAAAUUUGUCGAAGAGAUUAUUACAGAGACCACCAGAGAAGAUGUGGAGAUAUCAGACACUGGCUCUAAUGGAAAAGAGGGUGACAGACCAGAUGAGGAGAGCAGUGAGAAGGAUGCACAGGGUGAAACUCCACAAGAGACUGAAGAACCAGCCAGUCCUGAAUUAGAAACAGCGGAAAAUGAAGUCAAACCAAGUGAUGAUAAAGAGGAUGAGCCAGCUGAAAAAACUCCAGAUGAUUCUGAGGUACAAAAAGAUGCCGACACUGAACCAACUCAGCAAUCUACAGAAGAAGCUACUGAUGAACAAGAUAAAGAUGACAGUGAGCACAAAGACCUGAAGGAUGACAUGCAGGACAAAGUAGAAGAACCUGGAGAGGAAAAUAAACUAGCCAAAGAGAAAGAGAAAGAUGUCCCCAAACCAGAUCUGUCAGAAAAGCAAGAAAUGCCAGAGGGAUCAAAAACUGGAGAAAAAGAAAAACCAUCUCAGGAACCGCAAGAUCCUGAAGCAACACCUGAAGGAAACACUAAGCCUGGUGGACAGACUACUGAGGUAACUUCUCCAAAAACUGAGGAUGCUGAAGUCUCAUCUCAAGAAUCUAUAACUGCAAAAUCAACAGAGAAAAAGAAAGAAUCAGCUCCAGUGAAACCUGUAGAGGAAGAUACUCCCAAACCAGAUAAACAAGCAACUCCAGAACAUGCUGAGGGUGGAAAACAGACUACAGGAGAGGAUGCAAAGGAGGAUGCUUCUGCAAAAAAAGACAAAUCUGAUAGUAUGAAGGAACGAACUAAGAAAUCUGAGCAUAUGGAAAAAGACCAAGAGGAUAACAAACUAACAGAGAAACCUGUGGGGGAAAAGCAAGAGGAUGUGUCAGGUAAAGACGAAAAGGAACAGAAACCUGAGGAGUCUGUAAAAGAUAGCAAAGCUGAACUGGUAGACAAUGUGAAAACAGGAAAAGGUGAAAAUAGUAAGGCUAAAGAACCAGAAAAGACACAAAAGGAGAUUUCAAAGGAUGCAAAAGGACAAUCACAAUCUGAAAUGUCAAAGAAACAGGAGGACAGCAAAAGCAGUAGUAAUCUAGAACGUGUGACAAUUGAAAAGGGUGAAGCUGGCAAUCUGAAAGAAACCGAAAAGACACAAGAAGACCUUUCCAAAGUUGCUGAAGAAAAACCACAAUCUCAAAAGUCACAAAUACAAGAGGACAGCAAAAGUGCAGACAGCAUCAAAACAGAAGAGACUGAACAUGCUAAGCCUAAAGAAGCAGAAAAGACACAAGAACUUUCCAAAGAAGAAAAAUCACAACCCCAAAAGUCACAGAUACAAGAAGACCACAAAAGUGACAGUGUAGACAGUGUUAAAACAGAAAAGGCUGAACAUGCUAAGACUAAAGAAGCAGAAAUGACACAAGAAGAACCUUUCAAAGUUGCAGAAGAUAAAUCACAACAUGAAAAGUCUCAGAUACAGGAAGCCCGCAAAAGUGACAGUGUAGACGGCAUCAAAACAGAAAAGGUUGAACAUGUGAAGCCUAAAGAAACUGAAAAGACACAGGAGGACCUCUCCAAAGUUGAGGAGGAAAAAUCAUCUGAGAAGUCAAAGAAACAGGAGGACACCAAAAGCGAUAGCAGAGCUGAAAGUGUGACAACAAGCGGAGAGGAAGCUGAAGUCACAGAGAAACAGGUUGAUGAAACCCUGAGUAAUCAACCCCCCAAAGCCCAGGAAACAACAUCUGAUGCAAAGCAUGAGCAAAAGGAUACUAAAGAAAGCAAAGAGAUGCCUAAAAAAGCUGAAGAGGUGGAGAGUGUGAUGACCAAAGGCAGUGAAACCAGCAAAGAUGUUAAAAGUCAAGAAACUGUCCAAAAAGACAAAGAAUCAGACAGUGGUGCACAUGAAGUGAAGGCUGCAAAAUCUGAGACGUCAACCAAAACAGAAGCUAAAGCUCUGGAGAAGACCGAGCAAGUCAAGGACAGCAGCAUGGACACCAAGGGUCCAGAAGAAACAACUAAACCCUCUAGUGUGAAGUAGAAUAUAAACAGCAG